UCAGGGUCCUAUUUUUAUUAUUUUAGAAAAUACAAGGUCCAUUUUUCCAUUUAACAAAAUACAGGAUCCAAUCUGUAACUUUUGCAAAACACAGGGUCCAAAAUGGUAUUUACCCUUAAUAAAAUUACAUUUUAUAUACACUAUGUCAACAUACAUAUAUAGGUGGACAUACAUAACACUUAACACUUAACACCCAAAAAUAAAUAGAAUAUUAAAUUACAAAUUUUCUAAAGAGAAAAAAAAAAUAGAACACAAAUUUUAGGAAUUUUAUGACCAGCAAAUAAAUUUUUAGAUUAAUUGCUAAAGAGACAAAAAAUAUGAGGAGUUUUGUGGCAAUUACACUUAUAAUAAUAUUAAACUUUCAAGCAAGCCUAUCUUCUUUCUUUCUCUAUCUUUCUCCUUUCGAUUGCUUAUUAAUUUCUUAAGUCAAAAAUCCCAAUUAUUUAAUUUGUGAAUUAAAAAAGAAAAGCUUUGGAGAGGAUUAUUUUAUCCAAAAGACAAAAAUAUGAACCACUCACUCCAUUCAACCAAGUUGAGUUAGAAAUUAAGAUUGAGAAGAAGCAAAUGCAAUAUGCUUCACCUACACACACAGUGCUGCCUUCAUCUUAAUCCCAAUCCCAAAUCCAAAUCCAAAUCCAAACCAUACUCUCUUCCUCUUCCUCUUCCUCCCUCCACCCCCUUCAUCAAGUUCCGUACAUCCCACCGUGAAAAUCUCCGCUACCUCAAAACCAUCGGCAUAAUCCAUCCCCACACACCUCCCAACAACCUUCCCCUUCCUCACCACCUCCAUCAAAUCAUCACCACACUCAAUUUCCUCAAAUCCAAAGGCUUCACCGACUCCCAUUUCUCCAGACUCGCCUUCCUCCGCCCCCAACUCUUCUCCCCCAAAUUCGACCUCGCCCAACUCGAACCCGUCUUCGAUUUCCUCGCCGCCGAAGUCUCCGCCUCGCCUGAGGAAUCCUGCGGAAUUAUCCUCCGGUGUCCCGCUAUUCUCUUCUCCGACGUCGACUACUGCCUCCGCCCGACGCUAACUUACCUGAGGAAGCUGGGUUUGAGCGGGCUUAGCUCGCCGACCAAUCUGAACGCGCAUCUACUCAACACGCGCGUUGAGAAGCUCGAUGAAAAGAUGAGGUUUCUGAUUAGCAUUGGGCUUUCGGAGGAAGAAUCGGGUCGGGUUUGCGCUCGGGUUCCGGCAAUAUUCGGUUAUAGUAUAGAGGAUAACUUGAGACCCAAGUGUGAGUAUUUAGUUUGGGAGAUGGAGAGAAGCUUAGAGGAAGUGAAUAAGUUUCCUCAGUAUUUUGGGUUCAGUUUGGAUAAGAGAAUAAGGCCAAGGCAUAUCCAUUUGAAGCAAAGAAAUGUUCACAUUCCACUCAAUAGAAUGUUAUUAUGGGGUGACCGUAAGUUUUAUGCAAAAUGGAAAUAAUAAUGAAAACAAUAAUUAGUUUAGAUCAAAUAAAAUUACUAUCACCUUUUGUGUCACACUAUUUUACAAGUUUGUUGAUUUAUGUGAUAUACUAAUCAAAACACAAAUUUGUUCUCU